AUGAACGGGUAUUCCCCGGGGAGGCCCUCACCGCCCCGGGCCACUGGCCCUGGAGGGAGGUCACUGGGAGGGGAUGGCCUCAGGAGAGACAUCAUGAAUACUCUGGAAAAGGCGCCACUACGUGUUGAUCCAACAAGCAGGACCAUGCCGCCGAGCUCCGCCCUGGUCGACCUCAAGGACCCGAUUCAAGUCCAUCUGCUGACAGAAACGGCGCUGACGGACAGCAAACAAUACCAAAUACUGUCUCAGGAAGAGGUGGAUGGGCUCAAAAAACAGAUACAGUCGUUGGCAUUACGGGUUGAGCAAACACGGGCGAACCUGGCCAUCCAGACCAAGUACCGAGAUGCCGCCGUUUCCAUGGCCAAGCUGUAUUCGCAGCCCGAGGCCGCCAAGAGGAGGAGUGUGUUGGGCAGUAAUCGCAACAGCAUGGUGGAAUCCUUGCGUGAGGCCGAGGUAGAGCGACGGGCUAGUGAGAAACUCGUCGAAGAGCUGUCGAACGACCUACGCACUCUCGAGCAGCGCUUCGUGGAAUCGCAAAGGCGUUUGCUGGAGCACACAGCCGGCAUCCUCCAGCUGACGCACAAGGCUUCCAAGAAGCCAGCGAAUCAGUUCCCCGUGCAACUGAUGAAUGGAAUUCCAGGAAGCCCGGAGAGUCUGUACACCUACUCGAACGGCCGAAAUAGCUUGGAACCAGUAGGCGACGACUCCUUCGACGAGGGCGGUCUGUACCAGGACCUCAACGAUGCACGCUUGUCUCGCGGACAACCGAAAGUCAACCCGCUCAACAUCCCACCCAAGGCGCCAAGUCGAGAGCAGGGUAAUCAGCUGCGAGACGAGAACGAAAAGCUGCAAGAGGAUACUCAGAAACUGAGGCAAGAUGCCGAAAAGCUAAGAGAGGAAAACGCCAAAUUACGCGCGCAAGCCGACGCGUUGAUAAGUCUGCGAGAGGAGAAUGCCCAGCUCCAAGCGCAGACUGAUGCCUUGAGCGGCGAGAUCGAUUUUCUCAAGAAAGAGAAUGCGCAACGAUUACAGUCCGUCUCUGAUACGGAGCAGAAACUAACGACAUUCAACAACUCGCUGCGAGGCGUAAUUGUAAAUUUUAAUCCUACAAAGAACGGGGGUUAUCGUGAGCCCCCUUCAGCAUCUGCGGACGGGCUUGCCGAGCCUGGCGCGACCCUAGGCAGCCAGAUCGAAUACCUUGAGGCGAGCCUGUCGGCAGUGCGCCAGGAGCAAGAGCUUCUAGGACAGUCUUCUGGCCGUCUCCAAGAAGCGGAGGCCGCCGCGGCCCAGGCGUCAGUUGCCCUUUCGCAGGCUGAGAGCCGCAUCGAAGGCCUGAACCAGCAACUACGAGACAUCCUUGUCGCAGUCGACCCAAGCUAUCCUGAGGUUCCUGACUCCGGUUUUGACGACCAGUUCGACUGGCUUCAGCGUGCCCUCUCUGUUGUGGACGAGGAAAUGAAGAAGACGGCCAUCAAGUCGACUGUGAAGAAGCAAGAUGACGAGCAGGUCGAGGCUGUGCUGAUGGGCUUGUGGGAGAUCAUCCAGACGGGCUUUGCAAGCAUCCAAAAACAAAAGGCAGACCGUCGCCGUACGCGGCUGGAGCAGGGCGUGUCGGAGAACGACGACGACAUGUCAGGCGAUGAGGCUGUUGACACCUCAGAGCCAUACUCGCUGUCCGCGUUCUCGACCAAGGUACAGUGGCUCUACAGCCAGGCCACUAGUCUAAAGGAGCAGAAAUCGGUCCUGAAGCGUCAGAUCAAGCAGCAGCGCGAGCUGAAUAACAAGUCAGACUCGCAGAAAGACGAGGAACUGAGGGCGAAGCAAGACCAGCUCGACCAACUCCGUGCCGCGCAAAUGCGGGCCGAGGAAGAGAAGAUUCUUGAGUUGACGCUCAAACAGGACCAGCUAGACCAGCUUAGGUCGCUGCUCGAACGGUCCGAGGAAGAAGUGGCCGAGACCCAGGAGAAGCUCGUUAAGGCCCAAAAGGAGGCGGAGACGGCGUCGAUCACGCGCAUGGCCAACCAGUCCAGCGCUGCCAGGACGCAGGAUGACAUCAAGGAACGCGACGCCAAGAUCGCAUCUCUGGAAGCGAGCACCAGAGAGGCGCAAACGACGCUGGCGAGCCUCAACACAAAUGUCCAAGAGAUGAACGACAAGCUAAGCAAGGCCAAUGAGGAAGUCGCGCUGCUGACGGCCAGGCUGGCGGGGGCGGAGAAGGCUGCAGUCGAGAAGCAGCAAGAGGCCGCCGCCAAGGAUAAGGAGGUCAAGGAGAAAGAGGAGGAACUGGACCGGUUCAACAUGAUGAUUGUCGAGCUGAAGACGGAGCUGACCAUCGCACAAGCCGAGCUGGACGGCGCGUAUGGCUCCCGUAAGGAGAGGGCCAACCAGGCCGCGGCUGUUAAGAGCACCGUCGAGGUCACACAGCUCAAGGCCGAGGUGGACCGGCUCAAGGAGGAGCUUGGUUCGACGCUCAAGGAACUGGAGAACAUCACGGCCGAGACGAUCAACGCCGAACGGGAGAAGUUCGAGGUCGAGAGUAAGCUCGACGACGCGCUCGCCGUCAAGUCGAGUCUCGAGGGUGAGAUCGACUCGCUCCGGGACCAGCUCGACGCCGAGGUCAACAACUCACGGGCCAAGAUGUCCAAGCUGCAGGAGGAGCUCGACAACGAGCGGCUAAAGGUGACUCCCGGCACCGGCGUCCGUGGUGCCGGGGCGUCGAUGCUCAGCGAGCAGUUCCGCGCCACGAUGAGGGAGGAGAGGAAGAAGUUCCAGGAGGAUCUCAGGGAGGAGCAAGGCAAGAGGAGAAGGCUCGAAGAGGAGCUGCAGAAGAUCAGGAAGUCACAGGGCCCUGGACGGAGUCCCCUGAGCCCGCGGUGA